CCCACUCUACAUACGGCUCUAGAUGGGGCCAGCGUAGCUGGCCUGCUACACUGCCAGUGCUCUGCAGAUUCAGGAUUGGCUGCACAGACGUCCUCAACACCAACCGCAGCAUACUUAUAGUCGAUGGAAGAUUAUUAGCCGUGCACAGCAUUUGAGCUGUAUGUGGCUGCUGUUCUCAUUUAGCCUUUUUACAAGGAAAGAACUGCGAGGUGCUUCUUCUACUGCUCUCUGAACAUACUGCUGAUUCUUCUAUGGACACAGACUGAGGUGCGGCGCCCCGUGCAGAUAGAGUAAACUGGAGAGAGGAAGAUGCCAGUCCCGCCUCCCCCACCACCCCCAGGGCCUCCCCCUCCUCCCACCUUUGCUCUUGCCAACACAGACAAGCCCAAUCUAAAACGCUCAGAGCAGCAGGGAAGGAACGCUCUGUUGGGUGACAUUUGUAAAGGAGCCAGAUUAAAGAAAACCGUUACCAAUGACCGGAGUGGACCAACACUGGACAAACCCAAAGGAGGAGGUGGAGGUGGAGGAGGUGGAGGUGGAGGAGGAGGAGGAGGAGGAGGAGGAGGAGGAGGUGGUUUUGGUGGUGGGUCUCCUGCUGGUUUAGGAGGCCUGUUUGCAGGAGGAAUGCCAAAACUGAGGUCUUCAGCAAACAGAGAGUCCACUGACUCGGCACCCAGCCGCGGACCCAUGCUCCCCCCAGGAGGUCGCUCUUGUGGGCCAAGUCCCUUUGGUGGUGGUGGUGGUGGAGGCCCGCCUAAACUCCCAGGAGCCCCUGCUGGUGUCCGUAGUAAUGCACCUGAUCUUCCUAAGGGCCGACCAAGUUUUUUAUCCAGACAGGACACUCCUGGAGGACCCCCUCCUCCUGUACCCAACACACCCAGACCAAACCAGAGCUUCCAGUCUCGUGGUGGCCCACCUCCACCGUCACUCCCUGGAGGGCCGAGGCCUAGCCCGGCUUCCGGACCUCCCCCUCCUAGCCUUCCAACUGGGAGGCAUGGACUUCUACCACAUCCAACAGGAGGCUCCUCAGCUGGACCAAAACUAGGAUUCUCUGCAACUCCUCCCCCUCCCCCUAACAGCAGCCGACCCUCUUUUCCACCUGCUCCUGGGGGAAGGCCUCCACUUCCCGACGACCGACCGCCACCUCCACCUGCCCCUGUGGGAGGUCGUCGACCAUCUAUGCCCCGAGACUUUCCCCCACCUCCUCCAUCUGUCAACUCCAAACCUUCUUCCUCUGUCUCUCCUUCCUCUGCCUCUCGCCCUACAACUGGUGGAGGUGCGCCCCCUCUCCCACCUGGUCGACCGGGCCCUCCCCCCAUUCCACCCUCCCCUGCUGUAGGAGAGGACCACAGCACCCCUCGUCUGCCACAAAGAAACAUAUCACUCAAUAGCCAUGCUCCAGCUCCACCACAUAGUCGGGCAGGACCUCUCCCUCCUCCACCGAACGAGAGGCCGCCAUCUCUAGGAAGGAACCAAUCCUCAACACGCACAGGGCCUCUUCCUCCGCCUCCUCCCUCAGGCCGUAGCAUAGGUGGGGGCAGUGUGAACUCAUCACCAGCUCCUUCACCUAUUGGUAGGCCAGGCCCGGAGCCCCCUCGUGGUGGACCUGGCGGUAGACCUCCCCUCCCUCCGGACAGGCCGGGGAUUGGGGGGGCCCCUCCUCCUCCACCACCACCUAUGGGUAACGGGUUCCAAAACUCUCACCACAACCAGAUACAGGAUGAGUGGGAGAGUCGAUUCAAUUUCCAUCCUGUGUCUGAUCUUCCUCCGCCUGAGCCCUACGUGCACUUCCAGAAAACCUACCCCAGCAAGAUCGGCAAAAGUGACGGCAGAGGUUCUGGUAAAAAGGAGAGAGGAGCUCCUCCGCUUCCUCCAAUGCCGAGGUGAAGAAAAGUUAUCGAUAAGCACAACCCCUCUCUGUUUCCCUCUUCCAUCUGUUGCGCUCGUUGUGCUUGAAUCUGCGGCAUGUGGUUCAUCUCCGGACUGCAGUGUAUAGAAUGGAUCUGAAAGUCGGUUGACAAAGAAAAAGGACAAACUUACACAACACCUCUGAAGCAGCAUUCAAUGACCUGACCAAAGCCGUUUUAUUUUUUCUUCUGUGGUAUGUCCGGAUAAAAAAAGGAAAAAUGUACUUCUCUAGGUGCAAAUAUAAUGUGUUCUUUUCAGGUUACAUCCAUGCUGUCCAUGUGACACUGAUCAUUAACAAACAGUAUUUUGUAAGAACAUUUAUCAAUAUUUACUCCUCAAACUACUUUGACAUACUUCAAUGCUUCAGUGCUUCCUGCUUGUUGGAUUUCAUAUUUUUCUUGCUAGAUGUUAUAUCUUACCAACCCAGCUGCACUUUUAGUUAAACAAAAAAAAAACAACUAGUAUUUUGCAGCCUGUUUACAAAGUUCAGAGUUAUGUAAAGCUUGAUCAACAUAGUCGCAGGAUAUCAGUGCAGGGCUUCCAAAGGUGUGCUGAUAGGCCUUUUCUCUCUUUCGGUACACAGUGCUUUCCUUGUGCCUUUGUCUGUUCAGGACGGUAUUUCCAGGCUGCUCAAAAGAGUAAUGGGAAUUAUCCUAAAGUGCCUUAAAUUAUUUUUGGUAUUUUUUUUUUCGAUGGUCAGGUUGGAUCACCUCUGCUGAAGUAAAUGUAGAGUCUCAAUGCCAGCAUCGUUCAAGCAAACUAAAAAUGGCCUAAACCUCCUGCCGUGCCUCCGCUUCUUUAUCGGCUUCAGUGCAGGUGUUGAAUUUGCAGAAGCCACACGUGCCUUCACAUUAUGGAUAUUAACGCCUUUGCAUUUAUAUUGCAACCACUGAAUGGUACUUUUUAUUUGGUUGUAAAAUGUGCAUUUAUUGUUCCUGAUUGAGAUGUUUUAAAGGACAUCGUAUGGUGUUAUGACAGUAUUCAGAUUUUGCUGUUAAGGAUUAUGAAGGACCAGUGUCUGUAAUUGGUGAAGGAAACAAGUGAUACUGAAGGGCUGUAUUGUUUUAAGUUAUGUUUCUGUAAUGUCCAGUAUUAUGCUUUCCCCAGCGCCACUCUGAAUAGUCUUUGGCUUGAGAUUUAUUAUCAUGUGCUGGUCAGAGAAACGUCAUCUUAAAGACAAUCAUAGGGAAGUUAACAUGGAUGAAUAAAUGCUUGAAGGUAUUUGCUUUAAAUCUGCUUGUAUUUGACUUUUUAAAGAGCUUUGAUAUUCUUGUAUAAAGACCUUCACUUUGACUACAGACAAACAUGUUGAAUUGUAAUGUGAGUAUCCAAAGGUAGUGAUUUAUUUUGCAUUAUCCAUUUUUUACAUUAUCAGAUAAGAGAUAUGCAUUGUUAACAUGUUUGUGCAAUAAAGCUGGACAAUACAUUGAUAGAACAGUGUGUCAUAUUAUAAAAGA